CUUAUACCAGUCGUGCUCCCGCGUCUACGGAGCUUGGAGCUUGGGUCGCAGAAGCACAAUCGGGUCCACGUGGCUAAAAGGAGAGAUCUGUAGUUCUUCAAUCUCAAACGGGUGUCAUGGAUAUCCCUCUGCCUCUUAGUAAAUUGGCUAUGCAUUUGGUUAAUCACGACGACAAGGACAAGAAAUAUGUAGUUCUAGUAGCACCCGGAAGUUUCAAUCCUCCUACUUACAUGCAUUUACGAAUGUUGGAACUGGCGAGAGACGCAUUGAAGUCUGAAGGCUUUUGUGUGAUUGGAGGUUAUAUUUCACCUGUUAAUGAUGCAUACAACAAGAGGGGACUUAUAUCUGCUGAACAUCGUAUACAGUUGUGUCAUCUAGCCUGCAAAAGUUCAGAGUUUGUAAUGGUUGAUCCCUGGGAGGCAAGACAAAGUACCUUCCAACGAUGUUUAACAGUACUGUCUAGAAUCAAGGGUUUCUUGUCUGAGUCUGGGCUGAUACCCAGUGAAUCCCUGAAGUGCGUGCUUGUCUGUGGUUCUGAUCUACUCCACUCUUUUAGCAUUCCUGGAGUUUGGAUUCCAGACCAGGUCAGGAGCAUAUGUAGAGAUUAUGGUGUGGUUUGCAUUCGCAGGGAGGGACAAGAUGUUGACAAGAUAAUGUCAAAUGAUGAUAUUUUGAGGGAGAAUAGGGGUAACAUAAGAAUUGUGGAUGAGCUUGUACCAAACUAUAUAAGCUCGACAAGAGUAAGGGAUUGCAUCUCAAGAGGGUUGUCGAUAAAAUAUCUGACUGCAGAUGAAGUAAUUAAUUAUAUUAAAGAGCAGCAUCUCUACUUGAACUCAAAUGACAGUUGACAACUGACGAUCAUGAUUUUCCAAAGUGCACGUUUAUCAGAUCAUUGUGUAGAAACCAAUAAUCAGUCGAUUAAUAAAGCACAUAACUUUAGCAAUGGAUUGUCCACUGUUAAAAGCAUUGUUAUUUUCUACCGGCGUUUUAUCUUUCAUUUUAUUCACAUUUAUCCCAGAUUGUUUCCCUUCAAAUCUUGUUCCAGUGAUGGCCACUGUUUCAAACUUUAGUCUAAUUAGGUUGAUGAGCCCUAUUCUCCACCAGUCCUUUUGCUUAAACCACUCUUAAUUAGCAAGACAUUGGUCUUGGACAAUAAGAACAAAUGGACAUGUUGGUACAAUUAGUAGUGAAGAUGUACACACUGGUUCUCCUCUGAUCUAAAAUAGCAUAACUGAUCUAAAUCUGAGGCACCAUCACGGUCUCUUCUGCAGUAUUCCUCGACUAAUGAAGCAUUUUACCCAGCUAGUGUAGUUAACGGACAAUUUAUUAUGCAUGUGGCAGAGAAUAUGAUCUGUGCAUGAUUGGGAAAAUUUAUGAGUAUCAAACAUUGUUGCAAACUAUAAAAGGUCUGCGGUACCUGUGAAUUUGACUCUUUUUUAAUUAUUAGUCAAUUCACUAAUUUUUUCCUUUGAAACAGAGCUCCGGUUCUUACUAUCUUUUGCUUCAGGACUUCCUAUUUCUGUACUUCAAAAAGCUGCUGCUAAGUCCAGGGAAUUCAAAGCUGCAUAUGGUAAACACUUGAAGCAUUCUGAAGAUAGCUUUCCCUUUCAAAGUCCAGUUGACAAGAAAAGUUUACCAACAUCGUGGCAAAGUUGACUAGUCACGAGUCAGCUGAGGGCAUUGACAUUGACUCCCUGACUGAAAGUUUGGCAUGAAGCAAGAUUGCUUGAGCAACAAAGUUGAGAUGGUGCACUUUUAGUACUUUCCAAGUCUCAGGUAACUAAAUUUUGGCACUCCAUGAGGAUAUUGACAACUUCCUUCACUACUCAGUAGCCAUUUGCUAAUUGUCUUACCAACUCGUGUGUUGGAGUGCAAGUUCAGUCAUUUUUGAUAGAAUGUUAACUGAAAGAAAGAAUGCAGAUGACCUGCGUUUGCUGGUUGGAUUGACCAGCUCCUUGGCUUCCAAGUUAGAUUUUCCAUAAAGAUUUGGGGCAAUUUAUUUGUCGAUGUGAGGAGAAAGUAGUUAUCCUCCUCUUCAAUUGUAGAUGGUAGUUGUAAUGUCAAUGUAUUGGUUCAAAUUUUCAAGAGCCAGGCUGAGGCCGAAGUUUGUUGAUUAAUUUCCAACGUGAAUGCAAUUGGUAGA